AUGUUGGCGUCGAAGGAUAAUAUUUUGCCAAUAUUUUUUGGAUGGCUUGCUUUGAAAUUGUGCACGGAGAGUGCCUUUGUCAAGACAAUGGGGACGAAACUCACGGAGUUUGAGCCACCAACAGGACGUCAAGCAAAGCCCUGCGUCUUGAAGUUGGCCCCUGAAUUGCAUCCCAAGGGAGAUGAAGGUUUGCUGCCGAGUGAAUAUGAAAAACCGAUCCGUAAAAUAAAGUACGGGGUGCUGUACAAACCGGCGGUCGCAAACCUUCCGCUGGUGGACGCCUUUUUUUUCUUGGUGUCAAAUCCAAUGACCCUGGUUGCGCUGCGGAUGACUACGGCGGGUGGACAACACACCACCGCCAGCACUGUGAGGCAGUUCACUGAGUGCCUGGCGGCAUAUUUUAAUGGUUGGGAGGAAUCAUCCCAAGACAUGUCGUGGGAGAUUAUUUACGUGCAGCAGGCAGACAGCACGCCGAUGAACGACUGA